AUGGAUGAAACAACCAUUUUAGGUGAUACCCCGUUGGAUGCUGUCUACAGUGAUCGAGUCCGUCGGUUUCAGGACUUCUUGACUUCUCCGGAUCUGGGUAACAUGGAUAACAUCAAGAAAAUGUUAACUCUAGGACAGAGAAGACUGGCUGUGAGUCUGGAUGAAAUUAGAGAGACAGACAAGGACUUCUGGCUAGGCUUGUUGAAUACGCCAGCCGAUUAUCUUCCCGCUUGUCAGGAUGGUGUGAGGGAGGCAAUCAAGUCCAUUUAUACCCCGAUUGACUACCCUGAUAUUGAGAUUACUAGUGACACCGAUUUCUACGUCUCUUUUAAAGGAAGUUUCGGUGACCAUCAGCUGACUCCGAGAACUAUUGGAUCUCAUUUCCUUUCCAAAAUGGUAAGUGUGGAAGGGAUUGUUACUAGAGCUUCCUUGAUUCGUCCCAAGAUUAUCAAAUCUGUACACUAUUGUGAUGCCACAGGAAGAUUUCACCAGAGAGAAUAUUCUGACCAAACGACUAGUUUUAAUCCAAUCACCACUUCAGCUUUAUAUCCAACUGAAGACCCAGAGGGAAACCCUCUUACCACGGAGUACGGGUUCUCUAAGUACAGAGAUCACCAGACUAUCACUAUUCAAGAGUUGCCCGAAUUGGCACCUGCAGGUCAGUUGCCAAGGUCUUUGGAUGUUAUUAUGGAUGAUGAUCUUGUGGACUUGGUGAAACCAGGUGAUAGACUUCAAGCUGUGGGAGUUUACAGAUCUUUGGGUGGUGUUGGUUCUAACAGUUCUAGUUUCAGAACUGUGAUUCUCUGCAAUUCCGUCUAUCCUUUACACGCAAGAAGUACCUCAGUCAAGUCUGUUGAAAGAUUGACUAAUAGUGAUAUUAGAAACAUCAAUAAGCUAUCCAAGAAGAAGAAUAUCUUCGACCUGAUGGCUCAAUCGUUGGCCCCCUCUAUCUAUGGACAUGCAUACAUAAAAAAGGCUGUUUUGUUGAUGCUCCUGGGUGGUUAUGAGAAGAAUUUGAGCAAUGGGGCUCACUUGAGGGGUGAUAUCAAUCUUCUGAUGGUUGGUGAUCCAUCUACUGCAAAAUCUCAAAUGUUGAGAUUUGUGUUAAACACUGCUCCUUUGGCCAUUGCUACCACUGGUAGAGGCUCUUCCGGAGUUGGUCUGACGGCCGCAGUGACAACUGACAAGGAAACUGGAGAAAGAAGGUUAGAAGCAGGUGCGAUGGUUCUUGCCGAUAGAGGUAUCGUGUGUAUUGAUGAGUUUGACAAGAUGUCUGACAUCGAUAGGGUUGCCAUUCACGAAGUGAUGGAACAGCAGACAAUUACUAUUGCCAAAGCUGGAAUUCACACUUCUUUGAACGCCCGUUGUUCCGUUAUUGCAGCUGCGAACCCAGUAUAUGGUCAGUACGAUACUAACAGAUCACCACAACAAAACAUCGCUCUUCCAGAUUCCCUGCUGAGUAGAUUUGACCUUCUGUUUAUUGUUACAGAUGACAUUUCUGAUGAGAAGGACAAGGCUGUUAGUGAGCACGUUUUGAGAAUGCAUCGUUUUAUACCCCAAGGUUACAGUGAAGGAGAACCUAUCAGAGAAAGACGGAAUGUUACCCUUGCUGUAGGAGAUAGCUCUAAUCAAGACGAAGACGACUCUGAUGACAGAAACAAAGUAUAUGAGAAAUUCUCUCCGCUACUACAUAGCGGCGCAGCGGAGAUGGCUGAAGGUUCUACCUCCAGUUCCAAGAAGACUCCUAAGGUUUUGAAUAUCACCUUCCUGAAGAAAUACAUUCAGUAUGCUAAACAAAGAAUUGAACCUCAACUGACAACCGAAUGCACAAAAAAGGUUGUAGAGAUUUAUGCCACAUUGAGAAACGAUCACAUUGUGAAAAAUUCUCCAAUAACUGCCAGAACUCUGGAGACAAUUAUUCGUUUGGCUACAGCCCAUGCCAAAGUCCGAUUAUCUCAGACUGUUGAAAUCAAGGACGUUCAAGUCGCAGAGGAGAUGUUACGAUUCUCCUUACUUGGAGAAACCCCAGCUACUAAACAUAAGUCAAGUCCUCAAAAGUCUCCAAAGAAGAAGAGAAAGACCACUUCACCAUCAAAAAAGAAGUUCCAAGACGAUGAAACUGAACUGUACUCUGUCUCAGAGUCAGAACCUGAAUAUGCUGAAGAUAAAGAUGAUGGAAACGAAGAUGCGGAUGUCGCAGAUUACCAACCUAGAGCAACAACAGCGAGAACACGAUCUCUACAAGAACGCCUACAGAGCGCAUAUGAUGAAGAGGGAGAAGAUGAAGAUAUGGAAGAGGAGCUUGUGGAUGUUGAACAGAUUCGGGAAGGAUUAAGCCAACAGACGUUAAGAGAGCCUUCAAACGAGGAAGAUAUCUUGCAAGAAACUAAUACGAACAUGGAUCAGCCUGCCACAAUAUCGGCCUCAAGAUUUUCCAAAUUCAAGUCACUUCUGUCAAUGUUACGUUCUCAUUACGAGUCCACAUCUGAGGAUGGGUCUGCUCCUGUGGCAGACUUGGUGACGAGAGUCAACCAGGAGUUGUCGCAAGAGGAACAGUUUGAUGAGCAGGAGGCGUACCUUGCAUUGGAACAAAUGCAGGAGAAAAACUUUAUCCAAAUUUCGGAGGAAAAGGUGUACUUUAUUUAG